AUGGGAGAUGCUUUUGGGCUGCCCUGUGAGGAGGAGGAGAAGGGCCACGGCCAGUUUGUGCAGCGCCUGCCGUCGCGGAGGGUGGCCCCCGGCCUGCCGCUGGACCUGCCGCUGGAGGGCGCCCCUCCCGCAGAGGUCAAGCACAUCUCUCCCAGGCGAUGGGGCGGCGAGGUGCAACCAGCGCUGCAGAAGAGCGAUCGUCUUGAAGGCCAAGACUUCCUGCUGCCCGCCGAGAAGGGCAUGCUGGAGGAUGUCAUUGCCACGUUGCGGGCAGAGAGGCAUCCCGAGCCCCUGGGCGACGCCGACGGGCCGGCGGAAGACACGGAGAGCGUGCCCAAGGCCAUGGGCCCGCACCUGGGCCGCCACCAUCCGGGCGCGGGCCAGGCGCUGCAGGUGGCCGAGGGUGACGAGGGAGGAUCUCUUGCCGGAGCCUCUGAGGGCCAGCCACAGGUCGAGCCGCAGCACCUGGAAGAUGAUGCCCCACAAGUGGGCAAGAUGAGGCCAGAGCAGCCGGGGAUUGCUGAAUGA